CGACGAAUCCCUUCCGUUUAUAUAAUGAAUUCCUCUAAACUUUUACUUUCAUCGUCUAAGACACGAUUGAGAGAGAGAGAGAGAGAGCGGAAGUACAUACGGUGGAAGAGAAUGGCAGCAGUUGGAGAUGAGGACAACGGCGCCAGUGAUGGCGGCGAGUGCCACGAUCUCAAGUCGAUUCUUGCCGGCGAUGAGAGGGAUUUCCUUAUCCAUAACAAUGGUGAUCAGGUGAAGAUCGCCAAUCUUGAAGGGAAAACUGUCGGUCUCUACUUCUCAGCCUCUUGGUGCCCACCUUGCAGGGGCUUCACCCCAAAGCUGAUCGAAACUUAUGGGGAGCUCUCCUCAGAGGGGAAGGACUUUGAGGUUGUCUUCGUGUCAGGUGACAGGGAUGAGGAUUCAUUUAAUGGUUACUUCUCAAAGAUGCCAUGGCUUGCGAUUCCAUUCUCUGACUCCAAGGCCCGUGAUCGCCUUGAUGAGCUGUUCAAAGUGAGGGGUAUACCCCACCUUGUCAUCCUUGGUGCAAGAGGGGAGGUACUUAAUGAAAAGGGUGUACCGGCCGUGAGGGAGUAUGGCUCUGAGGGCUAUCCCUUCACUCCUGAGAAGAUCAACAAGCUGAAAGAGGAUGAAGAGGCUGCUAAAAGGGAGCAAACUCUUCAGACCGUGCUGGUUUCGCCAUCCCGUGACUAUUUGAUUUCGAACGAUGGAAAUAAGGUAUCUGUGUCAGAGCUUGAAGGAAAGAUAGUAUGCCUGUACUUCACAAUUAAUGGUAUGAAACCAUGCGACGAGUUCACUCUGGUGCUUGGGAAAAUAUAUCGAAAGCUGAAGGAAAGGGGAGAGAGCUUUGAAGUUGUGAUGGUGUCCUUGGAUGAUGAAGAAUCAUCCUUCAAAGGAGGCUUUGCCACUAUGCCGUGGCUUGCUAUCCCUUUCCAGGAUAAGAGCUGUGGGAAGCUUGUUCGCUACUUUGAACUCAGGACUGUACCUACUUUGGUUGUUCUUGGCGCUGACGGGAAGACUCUGCAUAGCAAUAUAGCUGAGGUUGUGGAAGAGCACGGGGAGGAAGCAUGGGAAGGAUUCCCAUUUUCUCAGGACAAAAUGGAUAUGCUUGCAGAGAAGGCGAAAGCAAAAUUGGAAGCACAGACGCUGGAGUCCCUUCUGGUUUCUGGGGAGCUAGAUUAUGUCAUUGGCAAAGAUGGUGUCAAGGUUCCAGUGUCGGAGCUCAUUGGGAAGAAUAUUCUCCUCUACUUCUCAGCAAAGUGGUGCGGCCCCUGUCGUGCCUUCCUACCUAAACUGGUAGAGGAAUACAACAAAAUCAAAGAGAAGGACAGUGCCUUUGAGUUGGUCUUCGUCUCCAGUGAUCGAGACCAGAAUUCUUUUGAGGACUUCUUCUCAGGCAUGCCUUGGUUGGCACUCCCCUUCGGGGAUGAGCGAAAGAAGACUUUGAGCCGUCUUUUCAAAAUACGUGGAAUCCCUUCCCUUGUUGCCAUUGGACCUACUGGAAAGACAGUCACUACAGAUGCGAGACAUCUCUUGAUGAUCCAUGGAGCUGAUGCCUAUCCAUUCACAGAGGAGAGGAUCAAGGAGUUGGAGGAUCAGAUUGAAGAGAUGGCGAAGGGGUGGCCUGAGAAGUUGAAACAUGAACUCCAUGAGGAGCAUGAGCUUGUGCUGACUCGCUGUGGUGAAUACGGUUGCGAUGGAUGCAAUGGGCUAGGGGGAAAAUGGUCCUACCGCUGCACCGAGUGCAACUUUGAUUUGCACCCUAGGUGUGCAUUGGUGGAGAACAGGGAGAAAGGUGGUGAGGAGCACAGUGAAGAGCAGGGAAAGACCAAGGAAGGAUAUGUAUGUGAUGGGGAUGUUUGCCGCAAAGCCUAGAGCUGCUGAUGUUUGUGAUGAAAUAAAGAUGGUCAUGUUGUGACUUCCUUCUAAUUGCAUUGUCUGUGCUAGGUAUCUGUUAUUUGGAGUUUAAUGUGAGGGAUUUGCAAGGAAGUCACGCAGGGGCCACCUUGGUAUGCUUGCAGUGUUUUGAAUGGAAAACGAAGAGGAUGGUUAUGUGAAAAUUGCAGUUUGGUUUGAAUUUGG